AUGGAAAUUCCUGAUGGGGGAUGCACAGAGCACCACUUCCAGGACUUGAGCCACGUCCUGCUCAUGGAGAUGCAGAAGAUGGUGGACAAGUUGCAAGAGAAGAUGUCCGAGGAACUGCGCCGCGAGAUGCGUGACAUGAGGGAGCUGAUGUUUGCGGAGGAGCCGGGCCAACGGCCGAUGUUUGCCUCCAAGUCCAUCUCCAAGGUCACUACAGAGAGAAGUCGCCCGCCGCGCCUUCCGCAGGGCAAGAGCAUGCACUUCAACCCGCACGUGUGGGCUACCCGCCAUAUCCGACGAUACUGUCAGCACGAGGACGAGGACGAAGAGUUCGAGGAAGGCGGCCGAGGUCCGGAGAGCCGGAACCUCUCGCGAGUGACGAGUCGGCCCUCCGCGAACGCGGAGGUCCACCCGGAGGACAAGAAGAGCAGGCAGGUGUCCUUUGCCGUCUCCGGGAAAACGACUGAGCAAGAGAUCGUGGAAGAGACGCGGUCGCUGCCACAGGUGCCAGUGCUCCUGGGAAAGGAGAUGCAAGAGACACCUGCUGCCGCGGACUCCAGUGAUACCGAGGCUGCAGCAGAGAGAAUCCCGGAAAUCAAGUCGCAAGCCGUGGAUGAGGACAUCAACUUACUGUGUCUCCCCGGCCAGAUCAACAAGGAGCCCUCGAACGAUGCCAGCGACGUCGUCCAUGGAGACAGUUCGAAGAGUAUGGACAGCAGCCGCAAUCUCUCGAGCCGCUUCAAGCACAAUACGCCGCCAAAGACCAAGGCGGUGAGCGUCCGCCGUGCGGAUCGUGGGUCGAGAGUCGGCUGUGAGAGCAUCGAAGUGGCGAUGGGCCUUCGCGCCCAGCUCUCGGAAGUGAACCACAAGCUGCAGAAUUUGGGCGCCGGCCACUACUGCCUGAGCAGGUUCGUUCGCAGUCAGAAGUUCGAGUACAUCGUCGUGGCGGUGAUCGUGACGCACACGAUUCUUGUGGGAGCCCAGAUCAACUGGAUGACCCUCAACGGCAGCGCUGACCCAUCCCUGCCAUUCCGUGUCAUUGAUAUCAUCGUUUGCAGCUUCUUCGCCAUGGAGGUCGCGCUUCGCCUCGUCGUGCACGGGCUGAAGUUCUUCUACAUGUUGGGCUGGGGCUGGAAUGUCUUGGACUUUUUCCUUGUCGUCGCGCAGCUGGUGGAGGAGGCAUUGAUCCUGGCGAACAAGGAAACCUCAGGUGUUGUGGACUUUGCGGUUCUUCGCAUCGUUCGCACGCUCCGUUUUAUGCGGAUAAUUCGCGUGCUGCGCCUCACGCGUUUCUUCGACGACCUAAGGCGGCUGGUCGCAUGUAUGCUCUACUCCGCGAAGUCCUUCAUUUGGUCGGUGAUGUUUGUUUUCCUGCUGGUCUACAUCUACGGCUUGUACCUGACCCAAUCUGUCCAUCUUCACCGGCUCGAAAAAGGUCCCGAAGGUCAGGGAGAUGCCAUGCUCGACAAGUUCUUCGGGACGGUUGGCCGAUCAAUUCUUUCACUCUUCCAGGCACUCACAGGAGGCAUCGACUGGCGUGAGCUCGUUGACGUGCUGAGCGAGAACAUGCACGAAGUUUGGGGCUUGGCCACUGUCUUCUGGAUUGCCUUCCUCAUCCUUGGGGUAAUGAACAUCAUUACUGGCAACUUUGUGUCAGCGGCUAUGGAGCGAUCUCAGUCUGUGAAGGACUUGGAUAAUGUCUUCCAAGCCCGGCGUUUGUUCAAGAGCCUGGACAUUGAUGACAGUGGAGCAAUUACCAUUGACGAGAUCCGACGCCAUCUGGAGUCGAAACCGGUUCAGCAGUUCUUCAGGACCAUCGAUGUUGAUUCAUCCGAGGCGGAGGUGCUGUUCGAGAUUCUCGACCUCAGCGGAGAUGGCAGCAUUGACAAGGAGGAGUUCAUAAGCGGCUGUCUUCGUCUCCAGGGCACGGCUCGAGCUGUGGACCUCCUGCUGAUGACCAAGGACACGCGGCGAGGUUUCGAGCAGAUCUUCUUCUAUCUGGAAGAGCUCAUCCAGAGGCUUGAAUCUCCGCAGGAUUCUCAGCUUCUGGCUCCCGUCACUCCAAGCUGCAAGCAAAGCGGCAGCAACAGCGGCCUCUCGUGA